AACUCAGAUAGGUUUGUAAUGUUCCCUCAUUUUAUUGAUUUAACUGUUGACAAUGAUGAUGAUUCUACUACCAUCAAUAAUAACUCAGAUAGGUUUGUAAUGCUCCCUCAUUUUAUUGAUUUAACUGUUGACGAUGAUGAUGAUUCUACUACCAUCAAUAAUAAUUCAGAUAGGUUUGUAAUGCUCCCUCAUUUUAUUGAUUUAACUGUUGACAAUGAUGACGGUUCUACUACCAUCAAUAAUAACUCAGAUUGGUUUAUAAUGCUGCCUCAUUUUAUUGAUUUAACUGUUGACAAUGAUGAUGAUUCUACUACCAUCAAUAAUAACUCAGAUAGGUUUGUAAUGCUCCCUCAUUUUAUUGAUUUAACUGUUGACAAUGAUGAUGAUUCUACUACCAUCAAUAAUAAUUCAGAUAGGUUUGUAAUGCUCCCUCAUUUUAUUGAUUUAACUGUUGACAAUGAUGAUGAUUCUACUACCAACAAUAAUAACUCAGAUAGGUUUGUAAUGCUCCCUCAUUUUAUUGAUUUAACUGUUGACAAUGAUGAUGAUUCUACAACCAACAAUAAUAACUCAGAUAGGUUUGUAAUGUUCCCUCAUUUUAUUGAUUUAACUGUUGACAAUGAUGAUGAUUCUACUGCCAACAAUAAUAACUCAGAUAGGUUUGUAAUGCUCCCUCAUUUUAUUGAUUUAACUGUUGACAAUGAUGAUGAUUCUACAACCAACAAUAAUAACUCAGAUAGUUUGUAUAUCGCUCUGGAAAGUCCGUACUAUACUGAAAUGAUGCGCAGUCACUACUUACCCGAGCAAAGACUGCGCAUCAGACGAACAUUACGUUCACGUACGGGAUCGCAUCACUCCAGACAACAAAUUGAAGACAGUGACCACCAAUCCGGAAGACAUCAAGCGUCAUCAUCAAACAUCAAUCACCGUCAAGCAUUUGACUCGACGAUACUUGUUGAUGACGAUGAUAAUGUUAGUCCGCAUGAUAACGUAACUCGUCCUAGCUGCAGUGUUGUGAAUAAUCCCUGUUCAAUUUCAUCAAGUUUAACUUCAUCUUUAAAUCACAACGAUAGACAUCAAAUAGCAUCAAAUAAUGGUUAUCCCUCACAGGAUGUCAGUCAAAUUGAGUAUGACAGACGUGGAAAUCGGAGUAUAUUUGCCACAACCUGUCGGACGAUACUACGAAAUAAUCGUCGUUUACGUGAAUCAGAUUGUCUCGAACGAAUACCGUCUUUUUCUAGUUCCUCAGCCGAUUAUCUCCCUAGAACUAUACAUACUCGUGGAAGUCACGAGAACAAUGCGAGCACACCUCGUGACAGCCUUCCCCGGUCGGACUCCAAUAGAGUUGAAAAUAACUCCGUGCGUCUAAACAUUCGGACGUCAUCUCAAAUGGAGAGAAAUUACCGACCAUAUGAUUUUCCUGAAUUUAUGCUACCCGCCUUAUUGUCUUGGUUUCCCGAAUCAAGCGCUCGUCAUUUUCCUAACAUGGAUGAAGAUCGAGAAGAUUAUGAGGCGCUGUGGACUUUAACAGAGAGACUAGGACAGGUUAAACCACGAGGCUUAUCAAAAGCAGAAAUGGAGGAUAUUCCAGCAUUUCGUUACGGUACUGCAUCAAAAGAUUCAUCUAAUCGUUCCUGUGUCAUUUGUAUGAUGAACUAUAGCAACCGAGAAAAAUUACGUCGCUUACCGUGUAGUCACGAUUUUCAUGCGAAGUGUAUCGAUCGCUGGCUCAAGAACAACCGGUCUUGUCCUAUUUGCCGUAAGAAUGUUACGGAGAAAUAGAGAAGAGAUUUGCACUCUAUCUUUAAUUACUACGCGUCGCAAUUGCUGUAUAAUCCAACAGUCUGUAGAAAAAAAUAUAUACAAACAAUUAAAAACUUCGCGUUUUUUACGAAUAAACACUUAUAUUACUUACAAAUUCUAAAAAAACGUCGACCUUACGAAAUACUUGAAAUUAUGAUGUAAUUGAAGAGCAUGCAGUGAGUUUGACAGCAAAUAUUGCGUUGGGAGACUGGUGAGGACUCUAUCAUUCUUAUCCUUCAUUUUAAAUACCUAAUAUGUAACUUGCAUGGUAAGAUUGGAGAGCAUUUGACGUAGUUAUCUAUCGAAGAAAACGAGUGUAAUUUUCGUAUUAUUAUGCAUGUGAAUUAAUGAAUAUAGUAUAUAGUUGAUAAUAAAACUAAUCAUAUGUUUUGGGUUCAACUAAA